AUGUAAAACAACAACAAACCUAAGUCAUGGGAAUUAAGAAAAAAGGAUGCUUCUAAAUAUAGGUUUUUUGACAAACAAGAUGAAAUACUAGUAAAAAAGCCAGGUGAAGUUGAUGGCGAGUCCUUUGUAUUAAGAAAUUGUGUCCGUUGUAAGAUCUUCAUAGCAGACUUCUCAGCAUAAAUUCUAAUUGAUGAUUGUUUUGAUUGUCAAAUGUUCUUUGCUGCUGUUGAAUCUAGUAUGUUUAUAAGAGGAUGUAAAAGAUGUAAAGUGAUUACUGCUUGCGGAUAAUUUCGAUCUAAGAAAUGUGAGGAUGUUCAAACCUUGCUCUUCACUCAAAGUCAACCAAUUAUAGAAUUAUCAGUCAGAAUGGGAUUUGGUUGUUUUCGUGGUUAUUAUCCAUAAUUAAGAUAACAUUUGCAGAAGGCAAAACUCAACAUCUGGAAUAACACAUGGAGUGAUUUGCAUGACUUUGAUCCUGAAAAAUAGGCUGAAAUCACUCAUUUCUAUAUGGUCUUGGAAGAUACUCGUUAUGAGGAUAUGCUUAAACCUUUAAAUGAAGUACUCUCUUUACCUAAUUUCACUUGGGCAGAGGAAUGCAAAACAGAAAACUAAGUUAUUCCUUUCACAAGUGAAUAAAGAAAGAAGCCAUUUCAUGAAGAAGUACUCUUGAUUUUUUAUCCUGAAGAAUCUUCACGUCUGGAUGUGGAUGUCUUGAGUUCAAGUUUCCAGCCAUUACUUAAAGAAGUACCACAAGAAAUCUUUGCUGAAGAAGAACAAUAAGUUAAUGAUUAAGUGGAAAUAGAGGCACCAGAAUAGCUGUAUUGCUAUCUAGUAAAAUCUAAAUACCAGCCUUUAUUUGCUGAUAAUUGGCCUCUUUUCAAAACAGCAGUGGAAACUCAUCUACCAGCAGACAAGGCAGCCAAACUAUUGGAUCAAGUAGUUGUUAAUAGCAGACUGCAACCAACAUUCUCAUUGCAUAUUCGCACUGACAAUCAGGACAUUAAAUUAUUAUCCUAUCUAUAUUCAGUUAUGGAUAUGAAAUUGAAAUGUAAUAUAAAUAAAGCAUGUGUAAUUGUUCAAAAUUCAAAGGCCAUUGAAGAAUUGACAGUAUUAUUAUUUGCAAACUAAAAAGAUGAAAGGGCAGGACAACAAUGA